AUCACGUCAUAAUGCGAAUCAAAAUCAAGAACUGUACAAACACAACAUAAACAUCAACUUUAAUAAAUAACGAAAUAGUUGUAUAUAGUAUUGGCAUUCAAAUUUAUGAUGAGAUGAUAUUUAAAGAUGUGGACACAAUAUUUAUGGAACUUGCUCCUUGUCCAAACCUCAGAGCUAAUUGAAUGGGCAAAAUGCGGCAACGACUACGUAUCCACAGUGCCCACAAUCCUGUGGGCGAUUGGCGCUUCCGCAUUCGCCCAUCGCUUGCUCGUCUCCAUGUUCCGUAGAUUCAUGUUCAGAAGAGUGGCGCUAUGGGAACUCGUUCUUCAACAUCUACUGUUCGUGUGGAUGGUGCUGUACAGCCUCCACUUCUGGCACGUUUCUGUGGGCCUCAUCAAAUUGUUCAUAGACUAUUGCGACGAAGAAGUAAGUUCUUUCUUAGGAUUACUGACGAAAUUGCAUUUUUCUUUUUACUCGUCGGCAUACAAUUUACCUAAUGAUGUGUACAUUUUACAGGGAGAGAUUUUAAUAGACGAGGAAAAAUUGGCGACCGUGAAUAUUAUGCAGCAAUGGGUCAUCUGGUUGUUCGGGGUAUCGCCUCUUGCGGUGUACUGGUAUACACGACCACGGCGAUCUUCACCACCCAUUAUGAUAUGGAUUACAAGCAAUCCAUGGCAGAGAAGGGAAAUGGGUCCCUAUGGUUAUUAUUUAAAUCGACCGUUUUCAUCUUUACAAUCCCUCACAAAUUUAUCAUUACAUGAACGCACGCUAACCCUCAGGCGUGCAGUAAGUGAUUCUAAAAUAAUUAUCAGAGAACCACCCAAGAAGAAAAGAAUUUCUAAAUCCAUUUAAAUUUUUAUA